AGGACAAUGUAAGCGAAGACGAUGCAGCCAAUGCCUCCGGCGGCGACGUCUCCUCCCCUGACCAUUUACCCCGGAAGAGCCCUAAUUAGGGCUUGGGCGAGAUGCUGGUAGCGCGGGUUGUGCUGCUCUUCCUCCUCCUCUCGACGACCUUGCUGGGGGCGAGGGGAGUAGCCAAGAAAUUGGUGCUGGUACUGAAUGACGAUGCUGGGACCGACGAGGAGGAGGGAUCCAUCGCCGGCGUCCAGGAUGAGCUCUCGCAGUUGGAGAAUCCGCCAGAGGAUGGAUCGGUGCCUCCCGAGCCCGAGGAGUCUUUUUCCGACUGGGAUUUCCCGGAUUUGGACGGGACGGAGAUCGAGGAGCCGGAUCCAGGAUCGUGGAGGUUGGUGAUGGAAGAAGUGGAGCACGGCAAGAACGAUUCUUACGGUGCCGCGGUAGCCCAGCUGAUCAAUUCGGUGAGUGAUGGGGAGCUUGAGUUGAUCCAGACUGCGGUGAAGGAGCUCCAGGGUCUAGCGGAUCAAGGCCAUGCUCAUGCUCAGUCAACACUCGCGUCGCUCUACGGACACGGCUACGGUAUGGAACAAAGUGACCUCAAGUCGUUUUUGUUCCACCAUUUUGCUGCUGAGGGAGGGAAUUAUCAAUCAAAGAUGGCGCUCGCCUACAGCUACUACAGACAGCAACUCUUCGAAGAGGCAGCUCAUCUUUACGCCGAGCUCGCAGCAGCAGCUGUGGCCAGUUUUGUGUCUGCCAAAGAGGGGCCUUUGAUCGAACACGUCCGUCUGAAUUACGGUCCCGAGGAGAGUAAAGACUCGCUCAAGAAGUUCCGAGGUGAAGAGGAUGACGAUUUCCAGUUCCUUGAGUACCAAGCACAGAAGGGGAACUCAGCCGCAAUGCACAAGAUUGGUGUCAUCUAUUACUACGGACUGAGAGGUAUUCCUCGUGACCACCUCAGGGCGUUGUCGUGGUUUACGAAAUCAGUCGAAAAGGGAGACUCGGCCUCUCUGGAAUUCCUUGGCGAGAUUUAUGCCCGUGGUUUCGGAGUGGAGAGGAACUACACAAAAGCGUAUGACUAUUUCAAGAAGGCUAUACGUGAGAAGCGCUUCUCGGCUUAUAACGGGAUCGGGUACUUGUACUUUAUCGGGCAGGGGGUCGACAAGAAAAACAUGACAAAGGCCAAGGAAUUUUACAAAAGAGCGGCAGAUCAUAAUGAUCCCAAUGGUUUUUAUAACUUGGGAGUCAUCUAUCUCAAGGGUGCCGGCGUCAAGAAAAGUAUCAAGAUGGCAAGUCGGUACCUGAUCCUUGCGGCUAACACCGGUCAUCCUAAAGCGUAUUACCAGCUUGCAAAAAUGCAGCAGAGGGGCCUUGGUAUGAAAAAGGACUUGCCUACGGCUGUGGAUUUGUACAAGGCCGUGGCCGAAAGGGGUCCAUGGGGAGCUCUACUGCGAUGGGGACUUGAAAGUUACCUGAAGGGCGAGAUCGCUCUUUCUUUGCUGCUUUACUCCAGAGCUGCCGAGCUUGGCUACGAGGUGGCCCAAAGCAACGCGGCAUGGAUACUCGACAAGUUUCAUGAAGAAGCAGUCUGCAUUGGCAAAAAUGGUUACUGUACCGUUGAAGAACGCCAUCACCGUGCACACACGCUGUGGCGUUUUGCGUCGGAACAGGGAAACGAGUAUGCGGCUUUGUUAAUUGGUGAUGCGUACUACUAUGGACGGGGAACAGUGAAAGACUUGGAUCGUGCUGCAGAGGCAUAUAUGCGAGCACGUUUACAGUUUAACGCACAGGCAAUGUAUAACAUCGGCUACAUGCAUGAACACGGUUUAGGCUUACCCAAGGACUUCCAUCUCGCCAAGAGGUACUACGACCUGGCCCUGGACGCAGACCAAAGCGCCUUCUUACCAAUCUAUCUUGCUCUGGGAGUUCUCUGGCUGCGGCAGCGUAACGAGGAAAGCAUGCUGGUGAAAGCUAUUGACAUGCUCCCGGAACUGAGUAAACAAUUCACGACCUGGGCCCGAGACUUUACUACGGCUUUCUCCAUUGAGGAAGGCAACGCGACUUUACUCACUCUGGUGGUGUGCCUGGUGACUGUUCUAUACCUGCGAUCUUUACGACGCCAGCAAAGGCAGCAAGAGGAUGCCGUCUAUGAUCAACAGGAAUGAGGUCGUCUGAUAUCAUUGUAUACGUUUAGAGCAGCGGACUAAUCAUAAUCGAAAGCGCAAGGAAAAUUUUUGCUUUA